GGGGGGCAAUUUACAAGCCCGCUGGGUAUUUUUGGUACAUUUCUUUUGUAUUCUUAAUAUUGUGUGCUGUUCACUGUUACUGUAUAGUUUGCCACUGUUUGAUUUUGUUUUUUUUACAUGCAUUUACUUUUCCCUGCUGUGAAAAAUGGCAGAGGGCAGAACUUAUUUGGUUGAGAGUGAAGACAGUGAGGCUGAUUAUGUCCCUUUUCAGUUCCAGUCUGGUGUGGGUAGGGGACUUACUAAACAGACCCUAGGUACCAGAACACCUGGACGUAGUGACACUAUUUUAGCCAGUCCACAGUUUACCUCCACACGUAAUGUUGACCGUGACAUACCUACUCAAGCUGGACAGAGCGCUGACUUAAGCUUGCUCAUUACACAGUUAGCGGACAAAAUUGGUGAAUCCAUAACUGCCAAGUUACAGUCUGAUAGGAGCACACACAGUCUGAACAGUACUACUGACUCAGUUGUACGGACACCUGACAUGUCCAUACCAAAUGUCAGUCUUGUUAUGCAUUCUGAUGUGAAAGAACCACCCAUCUUCAGGGGCGAUGGUUCGGACAAGUUUUCUGUUCGUGAAUGGGAGAAAUUAAUGUCACUGUAUUUGCAAAAGCGAAAAGUUCCAGUCCAAGAGCAAUCACAGGAAAUUUUAGCAAAGCUUAUGGGCAAAGCAGGAGAUGUUGUGAGGAUUAAGCUACGUAAUGACAGUUCUCUUGACCAUGAUGCUAAACCCAGUGUGAUUUUUGACAUCUUGAAGCAACACUUUAGUGACCUAAUUUACUCAAGCAUGCCCCUGGCAGAUUUUUAUAACACUCUGCCUACGCC